AUGCAGAUCUUCGUUAAAACCCUUACCGGCAAGACUAUUACUCUGGAGGUUGAGCCCAGUGACUCGAUCGAGAAUGUGAAGGCUAAGAUCCAAGACAAGGAGGGAAUCCCGCCAGACCAGCAGCGACUGAUCUUUGCCGGCAAACAGCUCGAAGAUGGCCGCACCCUUUCCGAUUACAACAUUCAAAAGGAAUCAACCUUGCACCUGGUCUUGCGACUCCGCGGCGGCAUGCAGAUCUUUGUAAAGACCUUGACGGGCAAGACGAUUACUCUAGAGGUCGAGCCCAGCGACUCUAUUGAGAAUGUGAAAGCAAAGAUCCAGGACAAAGAAGGCAUCCCACCGGACCAACAGAGGUUGAUCUUCGCAGGCAAGCAGCUUGAGGAUGGCCGCACUCUUUCCGAUUACAACAUUCAGAAGGAAUCGACCCUACAUUUGGUCUUGCGCCUCCGCGGCGGUAUGCAGAUCUUUGUGAAAACAUUGACCGGCAAAACUAUCACUCUGGAGGUUGAGCCCAGUGACUCGAUCGAGAAUGUGAAGGCCAAGAUCCAGGACAAGGAGGGAAUCCCGCCAGACCAGCAGCGACUGAUCUUUGCCGGUAAGCAGCUCGAAGACGGUCGCACCCUCUCCGAUUACAACAUUCAAAAGGAAUCAACCUUGCACCUGGUCUUGCGACUCCGCGGUGGUAUGCAGAUCUUUGUGAAGACAUUGACGGGUAAAACUAUUACUCUGGAGGUCGAGCCUAGCGACUCUAUUGAGAAUGUGAAAGCAAAAAUCCAGGACAAGGAAGGCAUCCCGCCGGACCAACAGAGGUUGAUCUUCGCCGGUAAGCAGCUCGAGGACGGCCGCACGCUCUCAGACUACAAUAUUCAGAAGGAGUCUACAUUGCACCUGGUGCUGCGUCUUCGUGGUGGAUAA